CCUCCUCCGCUAGGGUUCUUCCGUCUGCGAUUCCUAUCUGAAUUCGUCCGUCGCGGCUUCUGGUUGGAACCGCCGAAGAUGCAAUUCCUCCGUCGCGGGAUCGGAGCUCCCCGGUGGCGAACCGUCGGAGGCGCCGCCGCCGCCGCCGGCUUUCCGGCGAGAAAUGCCGCGCGCUUCGGCCCUGCGUCGACAAUGGGGUCCCAAACUGUGGCACCAACUAUGGCUUGCGAUGUCGCGAUUCCAGCACCAUCAUGGGCUGCGGCAUUGCCUUCUCUCUUCAAUAGAUGGAUGACCACAGUGGGAGAUUCGGUCAAGGCGCCUUUGCAAGAUUCUUCAGUGCAUUUGACUGACAUGCCUCCUCGCAUCAAAUUUAAGAGGCUGGACAAAACUGCUAGGAACAUAAUGAAGAUUCUAGAUAAGGAAGCAGUGGAGGAAGUGAAGGCUCAGAGAGACAUGCCUGAUAUAAAACCCGGUUACAUAGUUCGAAUGAAAGUGGAAGUUCCUGAGAACAAAAGACGUUUAUCAACCGUAGAGGGGAUUGUCAUAGCACGACGUAAUGCUGGUUUAAAUAGUACAUUCAGAAUAAGGAGACUAGUUGCUGGAGUUGGAACUGAAUCUCUUUUUCCACUGUAUUCACCAAACAUAAAGGAGAUAAAGGUGCUGGACAAGAGAAAAGUAAGAAGGGCCAAGCUUUAUUAUCUAAGAGAGAGGCUGAAUCCACUUAAGAGGAAAUAGCAACCUCUGUAGUUAGUGUGUGACGAUUCGCACUUUACUGCAGAAACGGAGUACGGUUUGUUUUGUUGAUGAGAAAUGGUGCAAUUUAUCAUGAUUAUUGUCAUCCUUAGGUUAAUAUGUGGAUGCUUAUGGAAUUCUAGUUCAGGUCUAUACUAUGAUUGCCUGCUGAGCUUCCAGAGGUGUUCUUGUUUUUGCUGUAGCUGCUAUGUUAUAGUUUCAAGAAACUGUAGCUAAUCGAUCUGUGGCACACUCAGGAAAUAUUCCUUCAACCGGGUUCUGAGUUUUCAAUAACAGCUGCAAUUUUUUUGGUUCGUCGACUAA